AUGUCCACGAAAGCAGUAGACUCGAGACAAAGGUACUAUAAAAACAAGGACAAGGAUCUAUCGGUGAGUUGUAUCUUUAUGUUGCAGUGUGGAUGGCGGGGUAAUUUGAAUGUUAUCUGUUGGCAUGCAUGCGUUGUGCGGCAUGUGAUUUCUCGAUUCUCGAUUACUGGUACUGCUACUUGAAGAGUCAAACUGUUGAUUUGUGAAACAGCUGGAAGGGGAGUGGUGUCUUUAAAAUUGGAAAAAGUCAAUAAAUCACCAGAUUUUAGUCUCUUGAAAUGCAUGACAAGUUUUUCUCGGAUCGUGCAGUUCUCAAGACGUCCAAACCUGAAAAACCGAAUUGUAGCGUUUACUUCGCUGGAAAUAUACUUUGAAUAGUAGAAUUAUAUCAGAAGCUUGAGAGAAAUAUUAACGGGCAAAUUUUAAUUUCAAGAACUGCUUUAAUUUAUAAACAGUCACUUGCUAAAAGGACACUAGUUGUGCUUUCCUCGCCGAUCCAUCAAAAUGGUUGAUGCCGUGAAAAAAGAAAAAACCUUAUGUAAGAGUAUUUCUCAAUUCUCCUGGAAGUGGCAUGUGAUGUUAGUGGUAUCGUGGUAGAAAAGGCUAGCACAGUUUUCAAUUAAGCCAAUGAAACUUCGUUUGGAUGCAAUUUAUUCUAGAAAAUCCAGCUAUGCAUUCAGAGGCUUUGUUACCCUGUUAUGUUUUGUAGUCCAUGGUCUGAGUCUUGCAAAUGACUGAAAAUGUGUAAAAUUGUGAAAUUUGACAUUUACAUGUAUGUACCAUAGCCAGCAAUCCCAUAGUUGCCAAUUAAAAUAAUGACUAUGAUAAUUUAUUUACACAUUAAAUGUUGCUAAAAAUUGCACAAGGGGCUACUUCUGCUGGAGUCUGUAGUUUUAUAGUGCCAAAGUCACUACCUAAGAAUUCGUAUGUGUUCUGAUUAAAAUUAAGUGUUAAAUAGCGAGUUGAAUUAUAGUUGAAUACCACUACUGCAUCAGAAGUUGAGUCCUGGAGCCAGUUACUGUUCAUAAAGGUCAGAGCAAACUAAGCAACAAGAUGUAUUAAUGUGCCGUGGUCAUACAUAUGUAUGUAGCAGCAACAAAUGGCUUAGUAUGUGCUGGAGAAUUUUUGUCAAACUGUUUGUCUUGGCAACAGAAUUUUGUCACUGCAGCAAGUGUCUCAAAAUCAAAUCAGAUUGAAUUUCUGUGACUUGUUGCAGCAAGAAAACUCUGUUGCAGACACAAAGUUUUUCACAAACAUUCUCCUAUACACCAAGUGAUUUGUUGCUGUGAUGUUUCUAGCAACUUGUUGCCCGACCUGUGCAAAAAAAGUGAUUUGUUGCUGCAAUGUCUUGUAUCAGCAUGUCACCAAGUGUGUUCCAACCUUUAAUCAUAACAUCAGUCAUAAUCAGCAGUAGACCUUGCAUAUAUUACCUAGUCUAAGCGGUAACAGUUUGUUUCACCCGAAAGUUGAUUCACCCGACAUCAGGUUACCUGGGUGUAAGUUGAUGCUUCCAUAUUUGUUCGUUGAUCUUUUCAACCUGUUAAAAAAUGGAGUAAGAGUAAAAGGACAGUGACUGCACAUAUGGGUCAACAGCCUGUUCCAGUGUUUAUACUACUACAUGAAAAAUUUCUGCAAUUUGAUUGGCUUAGAGCAGUGGUAUUUCAGCUUAAUUUGAAAUACCUACAUGUGAAAAUUACAAACCCUUUGCGGGUAGUAGUAUAAACAAAUAAUAGCAUGAUUUGUACGUGAUAUUUGGCAUAAAUACCACUUGUGAUAUUUCAAGAUUGUCUCAAAUUUCACUCCCCUAACGGCUCGUGAAAUUUCGUAUAACAAUUUUAAAAUAUCACUCGUGGUAUUUAUGCCAAAUAUCACUAGAAAUCAUGCUAUUACCUAUACAAACUUCACAUAGAAUAUCUUAAAUAUUGGCAUAGCAAUCGUUGUGAUGGCUGAGGUACAUGUCAACUUCAGUAUUAUACACUUUCAUUCAGUAUAUCGAAUUUGGUCACUAAGAUUGUUCAGAUCGAUGGACCUUUCUUAGCAACAGGGAAAGGAAAGCAAGCUUGACUGAAGUCAAAGAUGUCUCGUGUGAGCUGUUUUGUAGUCUGUAGAGUGUUGCUUGUCACCAUUUGACAUGAUAAAUUUUGAUUUCCAGGAACUAAGGAGGAGAAGAAAUGAAGUCACUGUUGAGCUUAGAAAGGUUUGAAGGCUUCAGUGUUUUUGGAAUUAAAAUUAUUAUUUGAAGGGAUUAUGUUUUAUCAUUGGUGCAUCAAAUUACCACACAUGUACAUGUUUAAAGUCCCUUGUUCUUUCUUUUUGUUUUAUACUAGGCCAAAAGAGAGGACACUGUCCAAAAGAAAAGAAAUGUCCCUCAAGACAUUGUGGAUGAAAAAGAUGACAGUUUACAGGUAAGACUUUGUUAACAAGUCAACAAGCAUCAUCUAGUCAUUUCCUCCUUCCAGGUGUCUUUGUGUAUUAGUGUCAUACAAGUUGCAUAAACUUUCUGCAUCACCCUUCAUAUGGCUGCUAUCCAAGUAAUAAUUGAUAUAUAAUUAAGCUGUCGUUAUUUUAGUAUUUUUAAUGGAGCCAUUUCUUUUGAUAAUUCUACAUCAGAGUCUUGCUCCUCUCUCCUUCCUGUUGUUGUCUCAUGUUUGUCUUUAUGUUGUUUUACUUCGCAGGGAAAGAACCUUCAGAGUAUUGUCUUGGUAAGUGAACAAAAUCACACCUGAGCAAUUCGAACUGUAUUUUUAAAAGGACCUACAACUUUACUUGAACCCACUCUUGAUGCCUAAAUUACCCUUAUCUCAUGUGUGGAACUGUAUAAUUUCUGUAAAUAUUUACUGCUAGUUUUCAAUUCCAUCACUUCUUAAAUUGAAUUUGACUAGAAACUUGUACAGGUUGAAAACAUCUUCCGAAGCAUAGUAAAAGCAAUUUUGCCCGACGCUCCAAAGAUGCAUGUACAGUGUAACAGCCUGUUCCAGGUGUUCAGAAAAUGUGGUUGCACUUUUGUUUAUAUUUUUUAAAAAAGGUUGCUCUUAAUUUUUUUGUAUUUCUUAAGACUGGGGAGAGCUGGAAAAAUAGAAAGACACAGAAAAAAUGAAUCUGAAUGGGAACUGGAAAAUUAAAAGGAAGUAGCAGAAAUGAAUCUGAAGCUUUUUCUAUUUUGCAACCACAGCAUGCAAACAAACAGCUAGGUUUGAUGAUGACAAGUAUCCACAAACAACUGAACACCUGGAGAAAAGCCCCUAAGAGACUUUUGUUAAACCCGCUGGAUUCUCAUUUCAGUUGGUCUUGUAUAUAUGCUAGUUAAACAAGCAAGAAUUUGACAUUAGAUCAGCAGUCAUUUGAGUCCUUCUUUCACGCAUUCUUUCAAUGUUAAUUUGCAUGUACCAUCAUUGAUCUGUGUGAAGUGGUAGUGUAACUGUGUUCUUUUUCACUCCUGUAGAAUGCAAGCAGCCAAGAUCCAACAGAGCAGCUUGGUGCUGUACAAGCAGCCAGGUUAGUCAUAGAAUUCUGGUUUCCUGAUUUCUUGUGGAGAAUAUCACUGAGCUGUAGAAGCUCAAGUGUCGUUUUCUUGUAUACCAAAGUUAGUAGCUUAGACCUUAGUGAAUGUUUAGGUGGACGAGUUACCCAUGGUUAAUGAGGUAUUCUACUCCUAAUUUUGUGAUACUAUUUAGCAUUUCAAUGCUCUCUUUCUUUGUUAUGCAGUUAGAAUAAUAAAUUAUGGCUGUGUAAAAGUAAUUCCAUUAUUAAUAAUUAUGUUCUCCUAUCUUGUGAGACAGAAUAGCGGAAGUCGAAACAUGCUUGUUUAUACUAGAGUAGAAUUUUGUACCCAGUAAUGUUCUAGUUGCUAUAUGUGGCCAGCUUCAUCUGCAUUGUGUUUGUUUUUCUUUUCAUUUCACCUGACACUCUUUACUGCUUAUGCUGUAGUUCUGUACUUUAUAUUUUACUUUCCAGAAAACUGCUCUCAAAAGAUCGUAAUCCACCUAUUGAUGAGCUUAUUGAGUAAGUAUAACAACUUUCAAUUUUAGCAGACUUUAGAAAAUAAGAACUUGUUUCAAAUUUUAGGCUAAACAAGUUCCUGUAUAGACGGGUUUAACUGGCAAAUAUAAACCCAAAAAGUUCUUAAAAACCAGGUUCUUAGUCACAGGUUUUCACUGUGUAUUGCUGUUUUUUGCAGGUCGGGCAUACUUCCAGUGCUUGUGAAUUGCUUGGAAAGAGAAGACAAGUGAGUAAAAAUUACCAAGAGACUGUUACAUGUAAACUCAUCGAGAUGAGGUUGAGUUUCAGUGCUCUAGUGGAAACACAUAAGAGUCAAAGACAACAUAUCCAGGGCAACCAGUGAGCAGCAGCCACCAGUGGCACUGUCACACUGACCAAAUAGAUCAGUGGAAUAUGAACAUAUAUAGUACAGUCAUACCUUUCUGAAAGUGAGGGAGGGAUGGGGAAACAAUUAGCAAAGGGCAGCUUUGACUCAAACAUACCUAAUUGCACGGUGAAUCUCAGCAACUUGAGUAAGCCACCUCAAUCGAAACCGCCUUGCAGCCUUGUUUCAAGUUGAACCCAUCCACCCGUGGAAACUUUGCGGAACAAUGCGUUUUGAAGCUUGUCGAGUGGUUUUCUGGUCACUGUUGUGCUAUAAACACCUAAAACUCACCACAAAGCCAUUUACAGGUCGUACACUUCAUGGCCUUCUGAUUCAGGUGGCUAAACUAUUAGCUUGCAAAGUUCAGGCAUGCGCAGGAAGCAAAAUUUUUGGGUUUGAAGGUGACACAGCAGUCUUGACUUUUACUUUUUGCUCUCUCUCCUCCCCUCUUUUUUCACGUUUCUCACCUCAUUUUGUUUUCCUUUUGCUGGGGAUUUAGUAGGCUUCAUUUUGGUGGGAAAAGUUUUUACGAAGGCUUGUAGGAUCUUUAAUAGGAUCAGAGGAAAGGAAAGGUUGGUCGGUAGUGGAACAGGAUUUUCAUGGAAAUUUUCAGGUCAAUGUUUCAUGGUUUUUUGCCUUUUUCUUUGGUGCCCAUGACUGAAUCAUGCUCAUUCUGGUAUGCUUGAAAGAUCUCUUCUCCCUGCACAAGUUAGCAGACAAAGUUGUCCAUGAACAAUAAAACUGAUUUCAGCACAAGUGGAAGAAGGGACGUGGAUCCGCAUGGGCAGUUAUGGACAGUUCAGGGGCCAGUGGGUUAACUUCACCUAGAUUACCUUUAGCCACACUUGAUAUUAGGAGGUACAUGAUGUCGUAGUUGAAAAAAUAUAUUAUUAUUAUUUGUCAUCUGAUAUCACUUACUUUGUUACUGUUUUUUUUUUACAGUCCCUCUCUUCAGUUCGAAGCAGCAUGGGCAUUAACAAACAUUGCAUCUGGUACCUCGGAGCAAACAAAUGCUGUCGUCAAGGCUGGU